ACUCCUAAACAAUUUUUUCAUGUACCCUUCCCCAUGGCUUCAAAUUACAACCUGGUCAACUAUGAACGCCCUGAACCGAUAUACAACUACGACGUCUGCGACGUCUUCGACGACGACGACGACGAGGUAAGAGACGAUUUGUAUUUCUUUAGACGCAGAUCUCGGAAUGUCGAUGAAGUAAUGCUUGGCUUCAUCAAUUGUAUUGGAAGCGACCCCACACGCGAGGUAGGAAUCGAAUUGUUAGUCCACGUACCCAAAUUGAAAGACCUAGCCAUGUACUUGUACCACACCACGGGAGUAUACGAAGGACUCCUGAAGGAACUCCGCAAGCCUUUGAUCCCGUUAGACCCUCGCAUACCAAACUUCACCCAUUAUGCGCUGAGGCUUUUAAACAUGAUCGUGAACGAGCCGAGAUUGGCGUCCAAGUUUAUGGACGGAGACCAACCGGGAGAGAUCCUGUCGACUGUUGGGGGCAAGAAGGAAUGGUACAGCGAUUCAUACUUGGAACCGGCUGUUAUAAAAAUACUUUCUGCGGAGAUCAAGAACCCUCAGGAGGUGGUGACACCAGGUUUCAUCGACACUUGUCACGUCUGUCUUAGCGUGGCCCUUCUUCCUACCAAUGAUUUGACAAAGAUCGACAGGGGAAUGACAAAAUUGGCAGAAAUUUUGGAUAGCAAAGAUGCAUUGGAAUUUAUUUGUGGAACGCCAAUGUUUACAGAAUGGUUUGUAAAAGCGCUAGUAGAUGCCAGAAAGUAUCUGAUGGAAAAUCUAAUAUUGUCCCAUAAAAUUUUACCGAAAGUAGCUUCGUGUCACAUAAAGCUUGCCAGAGACCAAAGGGCGAAGCCUUUUAUGAUCAAGUUGAUUAGUCCAGAUAUUAUGAUACUAGUUGAUGAUUAUUUGCGUUAUUGCGAUAAAUAAAGUUUCCAGUUAAUCGUAA